UGAACCACUUUGGAGGGUUGCGUUUCUUUUGGUGAAAGAAGUCUCAUUUAUACUUUUCCCUGCUCCUUACGGUUUCAUUUCUCUCAAGAAUCACAAACGAAAAGAAAAUGUCUUCCCCCAGCAAACGCCGAGAGAUGGACUUGAUGAAACUGAUGAUGAGUGAUUAUAAGGUGGAGAUGAUCAAUGAUGGCAUGCAAGAAUUUUAUGUUGAAUUCAAUGGGCCAAAAGAUAGUCCUUAUCAUGGUGGUGUGUGGAAGAUAAGGGUGGAGCUCCCAGAUGCUUAUCCUUAUAAAUCCCCUUCAAUUGGCUUUAUAAACAAGAUCUACCACCCAAAUGUUGAUGAAAUGUCUGGAUCCGUUUGUUUGGAUGUGAUUAAUCAGACUUGGAGCCCCAUGUUUGAUCUGGUGAAUGUGUUUGAAGUGUUCCUUCCCCAACUUCUUUUGUAUCCGAAUCCUUCAGAUCCAUUGAAUGGAGAAGCUGCUGCCCUUAUGAUGCGUGAUCGUGCAUCCUACGAACAAAGGGUGAAAGAGUAUUGUGAGAAAUAUGCAAAGCCAGAAGACAUUGGAGCAGCUACUGAAGAGAAGUCCAGUGAUGAAGAGUUAAGCGAAGACGAAUAUGCAGCCUCGGAUGAUGAGGAAAUUGCUGGUAAAGCCGACCCUUAGGCAACAUCGUAUGCCUUAGUAGAAAAAGGUCUGUGUUGUACAUAAGUUAAAACUUGACAAAACGUGUGGGGUAUAAGGAAAAAUUCCUGAACCCCCCCCCCCCCGUGUCUUUAUUUUCAAAUGUGUAAAUUAAUGCCACUGUUGUUUAAACAUUUGAAAUAUUCAUCCACUGCUGAAGACUUGAAAAGGCAGUUUGCUUCAGUUAA